AAGCUGCGGGCGGAGCUUGGCGCCGAGCUCCGGCGGCGGAGGCGCUGGCGGCCGAACAAUAGUAGAGAGCGGGGCUGGGGAAGGCGGUGAGCGGCGACGGUGGUGGGCACUAUGAACGAAGAGCAAUUCGUGAGCAUCGACUUGGACGAUGACAACGUCUGCAGCGUCUGCAAGCUGGGGACCGAAAAGGAAACGCUGUCGUUCUGCCACGUGUGUUUCGAACUGAACAUCGAAGGAGUACCAAAGUCAGACCUUCUACACACAAGAUCUCUAAGGGGGCACAGAGACUGCUUUGAAAAAUUCCACUUAAUAGCAAAUCAAGACUGUCCACGAUCAAAACUUUCUAAAAGUCCAUAUGCAGAAGUGAAAAAUAUCUUGAGUAAAAAAAUUAACUGGAUCAUACAGUACGCACAAAACAAGGACUUAGACUCUGAUCCUGAAAGCUCAAAAACAUCCCAACACCAGCUUUUUAACUUCAGACAUCAGACUGAUAGGAAACUACUCCCCCAGUUUGACUCCCCGGUACCUAGAUACUCUGCAAAAUGGAUAGAUGGGAAAUCUGGAGGCAUCUCGAGCUGCUCACAAAGUCUUUUGGAACAAAGAGAGUCUACUGAUUUCAGACUUGAUGUGUUACAAGAAGCAGGUGCUACCUUCUGUUGCAGCAGUGUUUUGUGGCCUAAUCACAGCCAAGUCAAGAAAGCUGAGAAAGCUGAUGAUUCACUUACCAGUGUUCAUAGAAGGUAUCCUCAAUACAGCAGAGAAGACUUGACUAUGAUGACUCCUGGAGAGUUAAAGCAACUUAAUGAAAAACUGCUCAAGGAAAUCCAGGAUGUGUUUGAAGAGCUGACACAGCAAGUCCAAGAAAAGGACUCUUUGGCCUCAGAGCUCAAUGUCCGUCACAUCGCUAUUGAGCAGCUGCUGAAGAACUACUCCAAACUGCCCUGUGUACAGAUGGGACGAGCAGGGAUGAAAUCAAAUGUCCCUAUAUAAAGGGGACUCAACUUCUCUAGAGUUUUUUCCUAAUAGCCUUGAGAACCAUUAAGUACAGGUGUACAGAUAUUUAGAAGCUUUUGAGGAAACUUGGGCAGCUUUCUCUUUGCAUUCAUAAUCUAUGAGAAGUCUUACUCCACUUUGGUUUUAACAAAAAAAGCAAAUAUUUUAGGUAUUAAAAUUACUGUAAUAAGGUUUAUUCACACCUUGGGAUACAAAUAUUUUUUUUGCCCAUAACUACACAUGAGCCUUGAAAUUAUUGUUUGACUGAUGAUAAAGUUUGUUUCUAACAAAGAAUGACCUGAAGCCUGUAAAUCUGCCUCCUUCACACAGAGGAAAAACAAAACUUUGAACUUUGAGUAGGUCUGAUCAUGUUACAUCCAAAAGAGCUUUAAGGGGUGAACAGUAUUAAUGAAACUCAUGUUUUCUUAUUUAUUAUAAGCAAUAUUUUAUUACUGAAGUUUUAUACUAAAUAUCACUAUUUUAGGUACUUUUCCAGAUCUCUUUAUAAAAUGUCUGAAUUACUCUGUGUAAUGUUUAUGCCUUGUGUAUGAUUGUUUAUCCUUUUUCAGGUCCGUAUCUUUCAUGAUACAAUUUAAAAAAAAAAAAAAACUUGUUUCCCAAAGAGAUGAACUUUGCAUGUUAAAGAAAAAAUGUGGUGGUGCAUCACUUAUUUUUAUCAGCUUUAUAACUGAAGAUUUUGGUUCAUGAAAGAUGUUUUAAAAAAAGCACAACACUUGCUUUGCAUUUUACAAAAACUCAUACUUUGGUUUCAAUGCAUAGAACUUGAAGUUGUUUUAUAUAUGUGAAAUUUUCAAUGCUGAAAAACUACUUUGAAGAAACUA